GCGUCGCGUUCCUCGUCCGUUCGCCGCCGCCGUCUGCCUCGCACCGCUGACUGUGCCCCAGCCCAGAUCGAUCCUCCACAGCAGAUAGGGGGGGGGGGGGGGGGGGGGGGUCUCUCUCUCUGUCUGCGACGACUGGGUGGUCUACCGCCGUUGUCUUCUCCGGCGAAGAGCGCCCACCAGGACAGGGUCCAUGAGACGCUGCCCAGUGUCACGCCGACGCUGGCGACCAACAGCCCUCUCAGCUGCACCACUUAGGCAAUCGGGCUCCCUCAUCUGCGCACGCAUGGCAUGACUUUGGCUGCAGGCGCUGCUGCCGUGCAUCCACGCACACUGCUACACCGGUGGGGUGAAGCAUGGUGACCUGCUAAGCUUGCCUUCCAUGGCAGAUCUGAAGAACAAACUAGUUUAGGGUUGGGAGAAGAAGAUCAGAAAGAUGUGAAAAGAUGGAGAAAGAGCGCAGGCUCCCUUACCCAGCAAUGAUCCGAUGGAUGCAGCACAUUGCUGCAUGGCUGUGGCAGAGACUAUGCGUUAAGGGUUUGUCGCUUUUGCUGACUCAUCAUCUGUUGGCACUUGGCAGGCAUGCUGACAGUUGAUUAUUAACUCUGGAAAGUGCGUGGUAUGCACUUUACACUAGCUGGUAACAGGAAGGAUUGGUAAUUGGAUGAAAUUGAGUUUGCGCCCCAGUUUUGGGAGAUUAUGUUGACCUAGGAUCAGAUAACCAUGUGCUGAUGCAAUGGACACCCUUCAUAGCGACCCUUAUUCCAGGAGCAGCUUGCAACUGCAAAUUAGGGAUGGCUCCAUGUCCUUUGAGAACAACAGUGCAGUUUUGGAUAAACAUGAGGUUGUCAGCCCUCGAGUUGGCAUGACCUUUGAGACGGUUGAUCUGGCAUAUCAAUUCUACUUAGAGUAUGGCUAUCGUGCAGGCUUUGGGGUCUCAAAGAGAACUUCCCACAGUGUUGAUGGGGUUAAAUACCGUGCUACAUUUGUUUGUUACAAAGGUGGCAUAGCUAGGAUUAAGCCUGGCCUCAAAGCUCGAAGGAGGCUUGUUGCAAAGACUGGUUGCAAAGCAAUGAUGGUAGUGAAGUUUAAUGCCAGUGAGAACCAUUGGGAAGUGGUUUUUGUCGAGUUGGAACAUAACCACCCAUGCAAUCCUGAGAUGGUCAGAUUCAUGAUGUGCUUUAAAGACCUUCCUGACUGGCAAAGGGAGCACCGCCCAUUCAAUGCCAAAACUCGAUUGAACCCGAAGAUUCACUCUGGUAGAGGCAGGCCACCCAACCAAAACAAAGAUUUCAUGGUGAGAUCCUUCUCCCAGUCAAAUUAUUCCAUCGAUGGGGCAGGGAAGACUGGAAAGUUAAGGUUUGCAGAGGGUGACGUUGAAGCACUCUUAGUUUUUUUUGAUAAGAUGCAAGCUCAAAACUCCAACUUCUUCUAUAACUGGGACAUGGACGAUGAAGGUCGUCUCAAGAACGUUUGCUGGGUUGAUGCUAGAUCCAGAGUUGCAUAUCAACACUUCUGUGAUGUUAUUUGCUUUGAUACUGUCUAUUUGACAUAUCAGUUUGUCAUUCCAUUGGUCGCAUUUUUGGGAAUCAACCAUCAUGGGCAGUUUGUGUUGUUAGGAUGUGGUCUACUUGGAGACGAGUCUCCAGAGACCUUUGCGUGGUUAUUCAAAAAAUGGCUAAAAUGUAUGAAUGAUAAAUCACCUGAAGCAAUUGUUACGACUCAUUCAAGGCCAGUAGUCAAAGCAGUCAGUGAAGUAUUUCCAAAUACUCGGCACAGAUACAACCUUUGGCAUAUAAUGAAAGAACUUCCUGAAAUGUCUGGAAGAGUUGAGGAUAAAGAAGCAGUCAGUCUGAGAAUGAAAAAAGUAGUCUAUGAUACAAUUACAUCAGCUGAUUUUGAGAGGGAGUGGGCUGAAAUGAUCAACCAAUAUAAUCUCCAUGAUAACCAGUGGCUUACAACCUUGUUUGAAGAGAGGGCAAAAUGGGUACCAGCAUAUGUAAAGGAUACUUUUUGGGCUGGUAUCUCCACUGUUCGCCGUAGUGAACGAUUGGAGGCCUUUUUUGAUGGAUAUAUUACACCAGAAACCACAAUAAAGACGUUCAUUGAACAAUUCGAUACUGCUAUGAAGCUCAGGUCUGAUCGAGAAGCCUAUGAUGAUUUCCGUUCAUUUCAACAAAGGCCACAAGUCCUGUCUGGUCUUCUGUUUGAGGAGCAAUUUGCAAAUGUUUAUACAAUAAAUAUGUUCCAGAAAUUCCAGGAUCAGUUGAAGCAGCUGAUGAAUGUGAAUUGCACUGAAGUCAGUAGGAAUGGUUCAAUAGUGACAUACACGGUGACAGUAAUUGGAAAGGAGAGGAAGUUUGACUACAGAGUGAUGUAUAACAGUGCUGAGAAAGAAGUGUGGUGCAUCUGCAGGUCAUUCCAGUUUAAAGGUAUUUUAUGUAGCCAUGCUCUUGCUGUCUUGAAGCAAGAGCUUGUGAUGCUAAUACCUCCCAAAUAUAUUCUUGAUCGAUGGCGAAAGGACUACAAAUGCCCUGAGGAACCUAAGGAAACCCCCAUUUCACAGAAAGCUGCUAAAGAUACAGGGAAGGGCUCAAAACCAGAAAACAUUCGGGAAGAUCAAGUGGACAAUCUCUACAAGCAUGGACACCAGUACUUUGCUGACAUUGUGGAAAUGGGAGCUACUGACCCUGAUGCGAUGGAAUACGUCCUUUCUGUGAUGAAAGAAGCUAAAGAGAAAGUGCGCAAGUUUGAGGAGUCUCGAAAAGAGAAGAGGCCUGGAGAGGGUCCAGUUUCUGCUGGUAAAAAAGGGGCGAAGUUUUCGAAGCCAUCCACACAAGAAGUUGGCAAUACAACAUCAGUUUCGACUCCGACUGAAGCAGUGGCUUCGGUCACAGUGGUGUCAUCUCCUCCAAUGGCGGCAGCCCCAACAAUGAUGGCUAUGGCGCCACCUUCAGCAGCUGUGGCCGGAGGAAUGUUUUUAGUACCAAUGCACCCGCAUCCCUUGGUGUUCCCACCCUUCCCCCCUGCAGUCCCACCAGCGGUAGCUCCUGUAGCACCACCUGCUGCACCAGCAACCAAUGUUGUCUCCAACACCUCAAAGAAGCGAAAGAAAAGAAAGGGGAAUAAUUGAUCUUCUGAUGCUGAUGAAAUGAUGAAUCUAAAACAAGAUCAGAUCGGCGAAGUAGAAAAUGAGUUUGAUCUCACACUACGCAUCAGGCCUCGACAUGAGAGUGAGCUAUCGAUUUAUCUCUUCUGCGCGGGUUGGUCUUUCGAGAAAAAUCUCUUCUGCGCGGGUUGGUCUUUCGAGAAAAAUCUCUUCUGCUGGCUGUGCUACUGCUACCUAUGAGACUACCUACUGCAGUCUGCAUAUUCCUGGGGUGUUGGCUUCACUGCUUCAGCUAGAUGCUCUGCUGUGGCUGACGCAGUUCAGUCUAAGGAGAGAUGCAUUUUGGGCUCAGCACACUGAUCUUGAUUACUGUAGAUUACUAGAUUAGAUUGCCUGUAGUGUACAUUAUCGUCCUCAGUGCCGGAAGUAAUCUAACAUGUAGUCCAGCUUAUGAAUGUAAAGAUCUGUUUCUGAUUAUGGAUUGCAUUUAUGGGGAAGGAUCUGGAUCUUAUUAAGAAAUUCUGAUUUACAAGCAUUUGCCGUCAUUUGAGUUUA